AUGAUCCUCACAAACUGCGCCGCCUGCGCCGCCCCGCUGGGCCUAGCCUUGGGGAAGAAAUGCGGCCGCUGUAGCACACGCUACUGCGGGCCUGCAUGCCAAAAGCAGCAUUGGGACGGCGGGCACAAAGAGCUCUGCAAAAAAAUCAAAAAAACAGGCGGCGCGGAGCAAUACAACGCAAAUAGGAAGUACUCGGAGGCCGUCGCCGUCGCGGCGGAGGCGUGCGCCGAAGACACCAAGGGUCAGACGUGUUACAUCUGCACGCAGGCCCUCCAUUGGAAGACGAAGGAGGGCCUCGUGCGCAUGUGUGCGUGCCGCGGGACGGCGGGGUUCGCGCACGUGUCGUGUUUGGCGGAGCAGGCGAAGCUUUUGUACGCGGAGGCCGAGGAAAACAAUUUGGACUGGAAGGCGAAGAAUGCGAGGUAUAAUCGUUGGCACACGUGUAGUUUGUGCGAGCAAAUGUACCAUGGCGUCGUACGAUGCGCGCUCGGGUGGGCGUGCUGGAAGACGUACUUGGGGCGGCCGGAGGCGGAUGAGAUCCGGUGCAACGCAAUGAACCAGCUUGGGCUCGGUUUAACCGCUGCGAACCACCACGAUGCCGCGCUGUCCGUGAAACAAGCCGAAUUGUCUAUGCUGCGGCGCGUUGGCGCACCAGUAGAAAACAUUCUCGGCGCGCAGAGCAAUCUUGCGAUGACGUAUCGGGCGUUCGGACAGCAUGAACAGGCACUGGACCUGCAGCGAGAGGUCUACUCCGUAUGUUUAAGGCUCUUCGGAGAACAUCAACACACUCUCUUAGCAGCCAACAACUACGCGUCGACCCUUGUAAAGCUACAACGCUACCAAGAAGCCAGGUCGCUGCUGCGCAAAAUGAUACCCGUGGCGCGGCGCGUUCUUGGAGAGAGUGAGGAGCUCACGCUCAAGAUGAGGUGGAUUUACGCGCGGGCGCUCUUCGAGGACCCCGGCGCCACGCUCGACGAUCUUCGCGAGGCCGUGACGACGCUCGAGAACACGGCACGGACCGUGCGGCGCGUGUUCGGCGGCGCGCACCCGGACACUGUGGAGAUCGAGGGCAGAUUGCUACUCGCGCGAGCCGCGCUCCGCGCCCGCGAGACGCCGUCGUCGGAGGCCGACGACCUCGCCGCUCGAUUCGGUAGCUUGUAA